CACAGUAGAUGCACUUAAGAGCGUAGCACCGGAGAAGAUCGAGUUGGAAGAUGACUAUCGGCAAGGACUCUAGGAAAAGUUCUGUGCGGGGCUCCAUCCGAGCCCCAAAGUUUCUGGACAAAUCCAGCGGCUUGUACGGCCGCCUGGAUGAGCCGGAAAGCGCACCUUUGGAGGACGAGUUGGACGCGGCGACGGAUGGGGGGAGUGAAGUGGACGCGUGUGUUCCGUUUGACCCCAACGAGGGGACGCCGGAGGACGACGGUGAGACGCUCCUACGCGGGACCCCCGGCGGCAGGUGGAGGAGAGGAAGCUCCGGGAGGAAGCCGAAGCAGGGCGGCUCUCGGGACGAGGCGCCCAGAAGCGAGCGGCCGAGCCUGGGCGCCGGAAGCCCCCGCGUCCCGGAGACGGCCCGCAACCGGGGGAACUUGCUCGUGGACGCUGACGACCAGGUGCUGAUCCGAGACAAAAAGAGGACGACGAGGGGGCAGGAGGAAGUCGUGAACGUGCUCAAGAGGAAUACAAUGAAAACAUAUCGCAAGGCCGCGGACCGAGCUUUUCGCCGAGGGUGGGAGGCGUUCGUGGCCAACAUCUACAGCGUCACCCUCACGCCGUCAACUCGCCCAAAAACAAAACUGCGGCACAACGUUGCGCCAGCUGAGCUUCAGUAGAAGCGCCGCAAUAAUGCACACCUCAACGGAAGUAUUGAACGACGUUUACGUUGACGUGACCAUCCUAAUUAUUUAUUCUAGUUGUUCAUUUAUUCCAUCGGGUUCACUCUUUGGAGCUUCUCUCAGGUUUAGCAUGAUGAAAACAUGAAACAAGUGUCGACGUGUAAACUUUUAAAGAAGCAAUAACUGAUCAGUGGACCCAUUUUGACUUUUAUUUAAUGAAUAAUGUAGCUAAUUUUCAAUUGGGUGAGUGUAGACACAAGCAUGCUCCAAGUGAUUCAAUGUUUGUUUUGUGACAUAUAUUCUGUGUAAUAUAUAUAUAUAUAUAUAUAUGUGUGUAUAUAUAUAUUUUUUUUCUUUUUUUUUUUCAUGUCCCGUGAGUCAUACAGUAUUGUUAUAUAUACAGUGUAGUGAAGAUUAUUUGACCUUGAGGGGCAAAUCGGAAAAAUAAAGUCAAAGGUGUGUAUUUCAA